UAUAUUCAGCUUAGUAGCAAAACUAAAGUCAACCCAAAACUCUGUAUCAAUAUUGACAUGUUGCUGUGUAGUCUCUCAAUAUUUCUAUAUUGCUGGAGUUUGUAUUUCAGUCUAGAGUACUCAUUUAAGUCUCUUGGCCAAUCAAAAAGUAUUUCACUAGAAAGGCAGAUUAGCUGAUACCUGAUAGCAGUAUAAAUAGCCAGCUUUUGGCAAGGACUACAAACCCAUACACAGGAGGUCUAAAUGGCUUCUACUAAGCCUCAUGUUGUUUGUAUUCCAGGUCCACCUCAAAGCCACGUAAAGGGUGUGCUGAAGUUUGCGAAACUCCUACACCAUAGAGGUUGUUAUAUCACCUUUGUCAACACAGAGUUCAAUCACAACUUCUUUCUGAAAUCUUUAGGCCCUGACUCCUUAGAUGGCGUCACUGAUUUUCAGUUUGAAACUAUUCCAAAUGGCCUUCCAGAUUCUGACGCUGAUGACACCCAAGACAUCAAUUAUUUGCUUUGUGAAACCAGGAUGAAAUAUUGCUUGGCUCCUUUUCGUGACCUCCUCGUAAAACUCAACAAUUCUAAUACUAAUCCUCCAGUGACUUGCAUUGUUUCAGAUGGUUUCAUGUCAUUGUUUACCAUUACAGCCGCUGAAGAAAUUGGAGCCCCCAUUGUAGUCUUCAAUACUAUUGCUGCAUCCUCUUACAUGGGGUUCAAACAAUUUCGGACUUUGGUCCAAAAAGGGCUUGCACCAUUAAAAGAUGAGAGCUGUCUCACAAAUGGUUUCCUGGACAAAGUAAUAGAUUGGAUUCCCGGAAUGAAAGAUAUUCGUUUAAAAGAUCUCCCUUCCUUUUUUCGAACUACAGAUCCAAAUGACACGAUGUUUAACUUCAUCAUGGAAGCAACGGACAAAGUUCAUAAAGCUGAUGCAUUCGUAUUUCUUACAUUUGAUGCGUUAGAACAAGAUGUUUUGGACGCUAUGUCAUCUAUGUUUGAUCAGUCACUUGUUUAUGCAAUUGGCCCUCUCGAAUUACUUCUCAGUCAGAUUCCGGAUGGCCCUUUGAAGCAAAUCGGAUACAGCCCGUGGAAAGAAGACAUUGAGUGCUUAGAAUGGCUGGAGAACAAGGCGCCAAAUUCUGUUGUCUUUGUGAAUUUUGGAAGCAUAGCAGUCUUGACACCAAAACAGCUUGUAGAGUUUGGUUGGGGACUUGCAAAUUCCAAGUUUCAUUUCUUCUGGGUAAUUAGGCCUGAUCUUGUUAUUGGUGAAUCAGCUAUUCUGCCGCCUGAGUUGGUAGCUGAAACUAAGGAAAGAGGCCUAAUAUCAAGUUGGUGCCCACAGGAGCAAGUCCUUAACCAUCCAUCAGUUGGUGGAUUUUUAACACACUGCGGCUGGAAUUCGACCAUUGAGAGUCUGACGGCUGGAGUGCCUAUGCUCUGUUGGCCAUUCUUUGCUGACCAGCAAACAAACUGUUUCUAUACUUGUAGCAAAUGGGGCAUUGGAAUGGAGAUUAGCAAUGAUGUCAACAGAGACGAAGUAGAGAAGCUUGUUAGAGAGUUAAUGGAAGGAGAGGACGGUGAGAAAAUGAAAACUAAGAUCAUGGAGUGGAAGCAACUUGCGGAAGAAGCCACAGCUCCAGAUGGUUCUUCAUUCACAAACCUGGACAAUUUGGUGAAUCAAAUUCUGUUAUGGAAAAGAUGAUGUUGCCAAUCUUAUUUGCUGCUUACUGGUCUGUCUUUGCAGGGUCUUUGUUUCCGUUGGUUUUUUUUGUUUUAGACUUUUCACUCUUCGCUUGUUAAGGGUUGUAAUAAGCUUGUUGCUUGUUGCUUGUUGCUUUGUUAGUUUUUAUGUAAGCUGUCAUUUUACAUGGGUGCUUUUGGAAUGAUAGUUCUUAUUGUGUAAUCUUUCUUUUACCUGAGGGUGUG